GGUAACAAACCCAACGGUCCUCUUCGUUCCAGACCAGCUUUUUCAUGGACGUACAGAACAAUGGAGCCUCGUAUUCCGCAGAUGUCCUGUUUGCACAUGAAGCUGGAGACACAAAAGCAAGAGGCAGAUGCCACCAUCUACAUGGAUUUCAUGAAAAAUCACAGCUGCUAUGACGCUAUUCCGAUCAGCUGUAAAUUAGUCAUUUUUGACACAGCAUUACAAGUGAAAAAGGCCUUUCUUGCUCUGGUGGCGAACGGCCUGAGGGCUGCACCUCUGUGGGACARCAAGCUGCAGAGGUUUGUGGGCAUGUUGACCAUUACAGAUUUUAUCAAUAUCCUCCACUGCUAUUACAAGUCACCAAUGGUCCAAAUUUAUGGUCUGGAGAGCCACAAGAUUGAAACAUGGAGAGGUGAUUCAUUUCAAAAUGUGUACUUACACAAUCCUAGUCAGUUUCUCAUCAGUAUUUCUCCAGAGGCCAGCCUCUUCGAUGCCAUCUACUCUUUACUGAGAUACAGAAUCCACAGGCUGCCUGUCAUCGAUCCAGAGUCUGGAAACGUCCUCCACAUUCUGACCCACAAAAGAAUCCUCAAGUUCCUCUAUAUCUUUUGGACAAAGGUUCCCAGGCCGGCAUUUGUCCAAAAGCAGAUCCAGGAACUUGGAAUAGGAACUUUCAGGAACAUUGCCACAAUCCAACAGACAGCGUUACUUUACGAUGCUCUCUCUAUAUUUGUAGAGAGGCGGGUGUCGGCUCUUCCAGUGGUGGACAAUCAAGGAAAAGUGGUGGCACUGUACUCAAGAUUUGAUGUCAUUAAUCUGGCAGCCCAGAAGACCUAUAACAAUCUGGACGUAACAAUACAAGAAGCCAUUCGCAGUCGCACGUGUAAUGUUGAAGGUGUCAUCACCUGCUAUCCUGAUGAAACAUUAGAUGUGAUUAUAGAACGAAUAGUCAAAGCUGAGGUCCACCGGCUGGUUCUGGUGGACAGGGCUGAUGUGGUAAAGGGUAUUAUCUCGCUGUCGGACCUGCUGCAGGCUUUGGUCUUAACGCCUGCGUGUAUUGAUGCCCUUUUGUCCUAGCAGUGGAUGUUGGAGGUUCCCCUUUUCUGCUCCACUUUAUCUCCCACUCCUUGUAACCCUCCACCCUGUGAUCUGAAGUCAGCAGCAAUCAAUCUACUUUUAUUUAAUUGUGCUCCUCUGCUUGACUGACACAUUACCUCAUUUUGUAAAGACUGUGUUUAAAUAGAUUUCUGUCUGAAUGUCGUGUUUUUCAGAAGUGAAACAAAAGUUAAUUACGUGGAGGAAAAAUUCCUAGCUGUGCUGAAAACAGCAUAAUGAUCAGUGUUUUUGAAAAUAAGACAGGGAGAGUUGAACUCCGUAUGCCCCCUGUAUAAUGUUCCCACCUGAUUAAAUCGAUGAAUGUUUUAUUUUUUUAAUGAAAUCAUGUCAUCAAUUGCUGAAGUGUUUCAUUUAAUAAGCCUCAGAACAAAAGUUCAAUCAACACUACUCUAACCGCUUGGUGGUGCUUCACCCUACAGUAAAAGAAAGCACGUGACUACUUUUCUACUCUUGCUGACCCUGGUGAAGCGGAAAUUUGUCUCUCCUUUAAAAUAAAAUGAGUUUA